UGACCAAGAUGGAAUUUGAGGGAAAGAAUUUCUAUUUAUAUAUACCUCUUAAUUUCCUCCAAUUUUUUUAUAUUUGUGGCCGAAUGAGGAACGCUUAGAAAGAUUCAGCAAAUAUCGCCAUCACCAAUUAAACAAAUCAUCGAGCAAAAACAAUACACAUCCCUACUAUAAUAUAUAUAAAAGCCCUAGCGUUACGCGUAGGCGUAGCAUUUAUAACGACCGCAGAGAAAAUUAGCAGCAGCAGCAGGCUCCGUCGAAGAGAUGGAGAGUUUCUUGAAGAAGAACUUCGAUUUGCCGCCGAAAAAUCCAUCGGAGGAAGCUCAGCGUCGAUGGAGGAACGCCGUCGGCAAAAUCGUCAAGAAUCCGACGAGGAGGUUUCGGAUGGUUCCCGAUCUCGAUAAGAGAUCCGAGGCCGAAGCCAAGAGGAAAAAAAUCCAGGAAAAAAUUCGGGUUGCCCUCUACGUGCAAAAGGCAGCCCUGACAUUCAUCGACGCUUUUAAGAAAAUUGAAUACCAGAUACCAGAAGCAGCAAAAGCAGCUGGGUUUUCUCUUAGUCCUGAUGAAUUGGCGUCCAUUGCACGUGGUCAUGAUAUCAAGAGCUUGAAGGUUCAUGGAGGAGUUGACGAGAUAUCUAGAAAAGUAUCUGUAUCACCGGAUGACGGUGUCAAUUCUAGUGAUCUUUCACUCAGACAGGAAAUCUAUGGACCCAAUCGAUAUGUUGAGAAGCCAUCGAGAAGUUUUUGGAUGUUUGUCUGGGAUGCUUUUCAAGACUUGACUUUAAUUAUUCUUAUGGUAUGUGCUGUCAUUUCUAUAGGGGUUGGGCUUGGCACUGAAGGAUGGCCUAAGGGUAUGUAUGAUGGGGUGGGUAUUCUACUCAGUAUCUUCUUGGUAGUCAUUGUCACGGCAGUCAGUGACUACAAGCAAUCUUUGCAAUUUAAGGACUUAGAUAAAGAAAAGAAGAAGAUUUUCAUUCAAGUAACUAGGGAUGGCUAUAGACAGAAAGUCUCUAUAUAUGACUUGGUCGUUGGAGACAUAGUUCAUCUUUCAAUAGGAGAUAAGGUGCCAGCUGAUGGGCUAUACCUAUCUGGAUACUCCCUUUUAAUAGAUGAAUCGAGCUUAUCUGGAGAAAGUGAACCAGUAUAUAUUUCUCAAGAUAAACCUUUUCUUCUGGCUGGGACCAAGGUUCAGGAUGGAUCUGCUAAAAUGAUAGUAACUGCUGUAGGUAUGAGGACUGAAUGGGGAAGGUUAAUGGAGACUCUUAGUCAAGGAGGAGAGGAUGAAACACCAUUGCAGGUUAAGCUAAAUGGUGUUGCAACUAUUAUCGGAAAGAUUGGUUUAGCUUUUGCUUCAUUAACGUUUCUUGUCCUGUUAGUGAGGUUCUUAGUUGACAAAGCAACGCAUGUCGGCUUGCUGAACUGGUAUUCAGAUGAUGCAUUGACUAUAUUGGAUUAUUUUGCAAUUUCAGUUACUAUAAUUGUCGUUGCAGUUCCUGAAGGUCUACCUCUUGCUGUGACAUUGAGUCUUGCAUUUGCAAUGAAGAAGCUAAUGGAUGACAAAGCCCUUGUAAGGCAUCUAUCUGCUUGCGAAACUAUGGGAUCUUCUGAAUGCAUUUGUACAGAUAAAACGGGGACUCUGACAACUAACCACAUGGUAGUUGAUAAGGUAUGGAUCUGCAACGAGUCCAAAUCUUUCAAGGCAAAAGAGACUGCUAAUGAUCUAAAGGCCACAGUGUCGGAAGAAGUUCUAAGCACCCUAUUGCAGUGCAUAUUUCAAAACUCUGGUUCUGAGGUGGUGAGAGGAAAAGAUGGUAAGCCUACUAUUUUGGGUACCCCUACAGAAACAGCACUAUUAGAGUUUGGCUUGGAUUUGGAAGGAGUUGUUGGUACUCAGCAUCAGGAUAGUACAAAGUUGAAGGUGGAACCAUUCAAUUCAGUCAAAAAGAAGAUGUCUGUACUUGUGUCAUUGCCUUUUGGAGGAGUCAGAGCUUUCUGCAAAGGUGCUUCUGAAAUUGUCUUGCAGAUGUGCGACAAGGUUUUUGAUGGUAAUGGAAAUGCUGUACCUUUAUCUGAAGAACAGUCAAAAGAUAUCCUGGAUGUCAUUAAUGGAUUUGCCUGUGAAGCUUUAAGAACCCUUUGCUUGGCAGUUAAGGAGAUGGAUAAUGAAUACAGUGAAGAUGAAAUUCCAGCCGAUGGUUACACACUGAUUGCUGUUUUUGGUAUCAAAGAUCCAGUACGGCCCGGUGUCAAGGAUGCGGUGGAGGCUUGUCUUGCUGCAGGUAUUAAAGUCAGGAUGGUGACAGGAGACAAUAUUAACACGGCUAAAGCUAUAGCAAGGGAGUGCGGCAUAUUGACAGAUGACGGUUUAGCGAUAGAAGGACCAGAUUUUCGAAGCAAAAGCCCAGAGGAGAUGAGGGAAAUAAUACCGAAACUUCAGGUUAUGGCCCGAUCAUUGCCUUUGGAUAAACAUACCCUUGUGACUAACUUGAGGAAUAUGUUUAACCAAGUUGUCGCUGUUACUGGUGAUGGAACUAACGAUGCUCCUGCUUUGCAUGAAGCGGAUAUUGGCCUUGCAAUGGGUAUUGCAGGCACUGAGGUUGCAAAAGAGAAUGCUGAUGUCAUUGUAUUGGAUGAUAACUUCACAACCAUUAUCAAUGUAGCCAAAUGGGGUCGUGCCGUUUACAUCAACAUCCAAAAGUUUGUUCAGUUCCAGUUGACUGUCAAUAUUGUUGCUUUAAUGGUCAAUUUUGUUUCAGCAUGCAUCACAGGAACUGCCCCUCUUACUGCUGUGCAGCUACUCUGGGUCAAUAUGAUUAUGGAUACACUUGGUGCCUUGGCCUUAGCAACAGAGCCUCCAAAUGAUGAGAUGAUGAAAAGACCACCAGUAGGGCGAGGAGAGAAUUUUAUCACAAAGUCCAUGUGGAGAAAUAUCAUUGGGCAGAGUGUAUAUCAGUUAGCUGUACUUGGAGUUCUCAUGUUUGAUGGGAAACGCCUUCUGAAACUUAGCGGUCCAGAUGCUGAUGCUGUAAACAAUACGUUCUUAUUCAACACAUUUGUUUUCUGUCAGGUCUUCAAUGAAAUAAACAGUCGGGAGAUGGAGAAAAUCAAUGUGUUCCGAGGGAUAUUUGGCAGCUGGAUCUUUGCUGCUGUCUUGGUUUCAACCGUCAUAUUCCAAGCAAUAAUAGUGGAAUUCCUUGGCGCUUUUGCAAGCACGGUACCUCUUAGCUGGCAAUUGUGGUUACUUUGCAUUGCUAUUGGAUCAAUAAGCAUGAUCGUAUCCGUUAUCUUGAAAUGCAUCCCCGUUGGAUCUUUUCAUCUACCGACAGGUCCGGCACCUGAUCAGAAUGGUUAUCAGCCACUACCUAGCGGUCCUGAAGCAGUUUAAAAGCUGUUUUAUUCUUAUUUUGUUGUUCGCUAGGAGAUCAGUUGCCACUUCAACUUCUAAGCAUAUUGAGAACACGGGACACCAGAGCCUCCUAAAAAAACAGCUGGCAUCGUGUUCAUGUCACGGAACUCUUUUUCCCGCAAAAUUUAGUUCCUUUUUUUUUCCCGCUUGAUGUCUAGGUAGGUCAGAGUGGUGGUUUGGAUAAUGUAUGUGAAGCCAUUCUGUUGACGUCCAGCUCUGGUGGCUGGAGACUUUAUUUUUGUGAAGGAUAAUGAUAACAACUGAAAACAGAUAACUUUAUUUUGGAUGGUGUACAUUUUGAUUUCCCUUUUUGAUAAAGCCAUGGGCGGUGGAGGAGGUGCGAGAAGUUAUUUGAUUUUGCCUUUGUAGUCAUUGUAAUAGAGGUAGCCACUUCUGCUCGAUCCAACUCUAAUAGAUGUCUGUGAUCUCA